AUGGGUGCUUUGCUGUCUCUACCGCUGCUGGCAGUCCCUAGCAUGGGCACUGCCUUGACCUUCGUCGCCAGUUGCUGCGGUGCAGCCACAUGUAGCGCCGUCUGCUCGGCAUGCGGCAAAUGCAACAACAGCGUCGCCACGCGUAUCGCCUACGCCCUUAUCCUCCUCCUCAACUCGCUCCUCUCGUGGAUCAUGCUCACCGAUUGGGCCGUCAAGAAACUACAGGGUCUCCUACUAGACUACGUUACAAUCGAUUGCGCCGGACACGCCUGCUUCGGUUUCGCCGCAGUCCACCGCAUCAACUUCGCCCUCGGCUUGUUCCACUUCGUCCUCGCGAUCCUGCUCGUUGGAGUUACGACUUCGAAAGAUUCGCGUGCUGCUAUACAGAAUGGAUUCUGGGGGCCUAAGAUUGUGGUCUGGCUCGGGUUGAUUGUGCUGAGCUUCUUGAUACCAAACACGUUCUUCGAGGUCUGGGGCAACUAUGUCGCUCUGGUUGGAGCGGUUCUGUUCCUCCUACUGGGCUUGGUGCUGUUGGUGGACCUCGCACACUCCUUUGCGGAAUACUGUAUCGAUAAGAUUGAGGAUCAAGAUUCGAAGUUCUGGCGUUGGUUGUUGAUUGGCUCCACGCUGGGCAUGUACCUGGGAAGCAUCGCCAUGGUCAUCAUCAUGUACAUCUUCUUCGCCGGCAGUGGAUGCUCCAUGAACCAGGCGGCCAUCACGCUCAACCUCAUUUUCCUGAUUGCUAUCAGCGUCAUGGCGAUCCACCCAAGCAUCCAAGCCACAAACCCACGCGCUGGCCUUGCACAGGCAGCAGUUGUCUCCAUCUACUGCACCUAUCUCACCAUGAGUGCCGUCGCCAUGGAGCCAGAUGACAAGUCUUGCAACCCACUGGUCCGAGCCACCGGCACCCGAACUGCUAGUGUCAUUAUCGGAGCCAUUGUGACCUUUGUCACCUGCGCUUACACCACCACCAGAGCCGCCACUUAUGGCCUUGCGAUGGGCUCUGGCACUUCUGGCUACACUCCGGUCAACUUGGAUGAUGAGGCUGGUGGUCAUGAUCUUGUCGACACCCAGCCUGAGAGCCGACGAGCAAUGCGUCAAGAAGCCCUCCGCCGAGCCGUUGAGUCGGGCGCUCUUCCAGCAUCAGCCCUCGACGAGAGCGAUGACGAGGAUGAUGACGGCGACAAGACUGGCAAGCACAAGCUUGAUGAUGAAAAGCAGAGGACCCAGUACAACUACACUCUCUUUCACAUCAUCUUCAUGCUGGCCACUGCCUGGGUCGCGACGCUUCUCACGCAAAACAUCACCAGCCUGGACAAACCUACAGAUGAUCAACAGCACUUUGUCCCCGUCGGUCGAACAUACUGGGCCAGCUGGGUCAAAAUCGUCAGCUCUUGGGUCUGCUACGGCAUCUUUGGAUGGACCUUGGCGGCGCCCAUAAUCAUGCCAGAUCGGUUCGAUUACUCCUAA